GCACAGUAGCAUUUACCCAUCUUCCCCCUGCAUUGCAUCUCGCUAGCAUAUUGUCUAUUCCUUCAUCAUCAUUUUUCUUUCUUUGCCUAUCUAUUCUUUUCCCUAGCUACGUACACCAUCCUCACAGCCCGCCAUGCCUCCCAACCAAGGCCUCGUCCACCUCAAGGAAUACGACAUCAAGGACAGUAAUGUCGAGCUGAUUGGCACCGACAUCGACCACAAGGUCAAGUACAACUCGGCCGCUACCGAGCCUGCCUGGAACACCGGCGCCAUCGGCACCGCCCCGGGCCUCUAUGUCUGGCGCAUUGAGGACUUUCACGUCGUCCCCUGGCCCAAGGACAAGUACGGCCAGUUCUUUGACGGCGACAGCUUCAUCGUCCUGCACUCGUACAAGGUCGGCAGCAAGGAUGGCAGCGAGAAGCUCGGCCACGAAAUCUUCUUUUGGCUCGGCGCCCACACUUCGCAGGACGAGGCUGGCACUGCUGCCUACAAGACGGUCGAGCUCGACGAGUUCCUCCACGGCGCCGCCACCCAGCACAGAGAGAUCCAGGCCUCGCCGUCAGAUGCCUUCCUGAGACUCUUCCCCCGUCUUUCAAUUCGCAGCGGCGGCGUCAAGUCUGGCUUCACGCAUGUUGAGGAGCCUGUCAAGGAGGAAGUUACUACUUUACUGCGUGUCUUCACCAACCCCGGCGCUGGCUCUAACGGAGUCGUCGUCCAUGAAGUCGAACCUACCUGGCGCAGCUUGGAUGAUGGCGAUGUUUUCAUUCUCGACAAGGGCGACAAGAUCUGGGUCUGGCAGGGCAAGACCUGCAGCCCCAUGGAAAAGGCCAAGGCUGCACAGGUUGUGCACGACAUGACCCUCGCCAAGCAUGUCGAGGUCGAAGUUGUGGCACAGGCCGAGUCUCGAUCGCAGAGAAUCUUGAAUCUUCUCGGAGCCAACGACGAUGCUCCCCGCGACGGAUUGCAGCAGGCUCGUCCAUUUGGUGCAAAGAGCCGCUCUGCGGCCCCGGCUCCUGGCCGUGGUAGAAAGCUGUUUCGCCUUAGUGAUGCGAGCGGCCAGCUGUCGUUUAGCCAGGUGGACCGUGUUGAUCAGAGCAGUUUGGACGGCAAUGAUGUCUUCUUGCUGGAUAGUGGUAACGCCGUUUGGGUCUGGGAAGGCCGACAAGCAAGUCGUGCAGAAAAGGCUGCUUGGUUGAAUGUUGCGCAGGCGUACAUUCGCUCGUUGGAACACGAUGAUGCCCACCUGGCACCGCUGGCCAAGGUCGCUCAAGGAAACGAGAGCCAGGCUUUCCUAAAGGCCAUUGCUGCUUAAAAACGACGUAGAUAGAGAUACAAGCAAAGAGCAGCUUCUAGCACGCUUAUGUUUAACAGGCUACAAAGGGAACUUGAAAUUUCGUUUGCUUUUAGUAAAGUGCUAAAAAGAAGGUGUUGUUUUAAUCUUCACUUGGUGACCCUGGUAUCCCGUCAUCGGGGACCGGAACUACAGCAUUUCGCGUGUAUAUAUGCGUUGCAGCUGUGAUAUCUAGUCCCUCCAGACACCCGCCUUUGACUGAGACCGUCUCUCGUAUCGAGCCGUCGUCCAUGAUUGUGAGAUGGGCGAUUCUUGUUCCGCAGGUUUUGCAAAAGAAGCAAUUCAUGACGCCGCCUGUCUUGGAUGACCGUUUCCAUACUUGAAGUUGUUGUUGAUUUGCGUCGAGGAGCGGCUUCACGUCUCGCGACGGGAAGAUAGCCGAUGUGCCAAAGGCGGAGGAUGACUGGAGCUGGCAUUCGCUGCAGUGGCAAAAGUAGACUUCUAAUGGUUCAUCGCGCGGAAUGACAAACGCGAUUGUAUUGCACUGGCACCUUACUUUCAUGAUGGCAAGAAAUUAUCGAUGUGCAGAUUUUGAUGUGGCGGCAAGAGUCAUAGUUGACGAGAACGGUUUUUGAGCCACUUAAAAGCGAGGGCUGAAAAGAGCACGGUGACCGUGAAUGUUGCUCGGGGUUCGGCAAGACUAGCCAACCACCUGUCGGAGCAGAAAUCCGUAUAAACCGGGAUCAAGUUUUUAAGAUGUGUAUUAUAGCAUCUUUGGGUUCUUUUUUUUUUUUACUAUAGUGGUAGACUCCCUUUCCUAACUCUUUCUUUCUUACCCAGC